UGGCGCUGGGGACUCGCACUGUGCGGGUCUGGGACUUUCCAUCGUGGCACUGAGGACACCCGGGCUGGGGGUGCUGGCUGUGGGUUCCCCGCACGGGGGUCGCCGGUGUCACCCCCGCCUACUGGCGCUGGCGGAGCCAUCCCUGUCCCCAUCCCGGUGGCACCGAGCCCAGCGGCGCCUGGCACUGGCCGUGUCACCCGCGCGCUGGCUGGUGCCACCGGGCCCCCGCGGGGGGUUGGGGACACGGCGAGGGGCGGGUGGGGGCACGGGUGGGGAACCCCGAUGGGGUCGGUGGUGACCCCCGCCAGCUCCCACAGGUGGCCCCGGUGCCCCGAGGCGAUGGCCGAGGACCGAGAUGUUCGAUUUGUCACCGAGGAGAGCUUCGACUUCGGUGUGCUGUCGCCGUCUGACAGGUACGGGAGGGUGGAGGAAGAGGAGGAUGAGGAUAGCCCGGGCAGGGGGUGCCGGCACGGGGGCAGCAACGGGCGCUGGAGUCCCCUGAGUGGGGCCCGUCUGGAAGAGAUGGUGCGGGAGGCCACGCGCCUGGCGGCACAGUUGGAGGGGUGUCACCUGGCCCCUCCCGCUCCCGGAGACCCCCCCGGACCCGCCUCCACGCCCCCCAGCACACCCCGCAGCCCCCGCCGCCAGACCUUCGUGGUGAAGGACAGCCCGGUGCGGGCACUCCUGCCCACCGUGGAGUCUCAGGGCCCUGCCCCCAGCCCCCGCCCCCCCGCCAAGCCCCGGGGGGCCUCUGCUGCCACCAGUGUCCCCAAGGCACCUCCCAGCCGUAAUUCCACAGCAGCGGCAAAGGGACCCUUGGGUGGCAGGGGGCUCCCCCCCAGCCGUGCGGGCCCACCCCGGCCAUGCCCUCCCCAGGGGCAGAGGGCUGGUGCCCGGGGCAGGUCAGAGCCCCCCCAGGGGGGAACAGCAGGUAGUUAUGGCAAGGGAAUGGGGACACCAUGGCCACAGGGGCUCCUGGGCCACACCCCAACCCCCCCUCUCUCCCCAGGCCAGGCUAAGGUGAGGGGGGGCACAGUUUCCUGUCCCCCCCCAACCCGCCAGCCCCACACCAGGACCACCACCACCCCUGUGCCCUCCGGCUGUUCCCCGGCACCCACUGCCCUCCCCAAGUUGUCCCCUCGGGCUCCAGCAGCGGGUGGGAGGACCCCCACCCCCAGAGGUGCAGGGGCAGCACGGGCAGCCCCCACAACUGGUGCCUCGGGGUGCAAACCAGGACCCCCUCCCACCCGCCUGCGGUCCUCCCGCAAGACGGCGGUGAGCAGCACCCCGAGGUGACACCCCCAAACCACCCCACACCCACCCAGAGGCCCUGGGGGCACCCAGACCCCCCCCUAGGUACCCGCUAAGGUACCUAGGCUGGGGGGGGCAGAGCCAAGGCCACCCCAGGGAUGAGUUGAGACAUCCACUGGGUUUUGGAAGGAGGCAGGCAGCACCAGGGGCCCCCAGGGAGCAGCCAAGGCACCCGUUGG